AGUUAGAGGCUUAUCAAAUAUCAAUAGCUUUUUAGUUCCUCUCUCUCUUUGGCCUCGCCCUCUACUACCAGCAAACUGAGAAUCCUUUGUUGAGGGAGAUGAUGAUGUUGGCUUUGUCAGGUGCUUCAUUUUCUUAUCCCUUGAAAAUAUACAAACCCAUAAAAGCCAUAGCCUCUAAUCCUUCUAACGUUUCUCUCUCCUCUCCCAUUGCUCCUUGUUAUCAUUUUGACAGUCCUUUUGUUCCCGAGGUCGAAAAUGCAGUCGCUUCACUGCACUCAGAGUUCAGGGGCAUCGAUAAUUUAGUAGCAAACAAUACUUCCCGUGUUCUGAAAGCUUUUCAGAAUGCUCGUGUUGGAUCUCAUUUUUUUGCUGGAUGCACUGGUUAUGGGCAUGAUGAAGCUGGAGGACGUGAAGGUUUAGACCAAGCAUUUGCCGAAAUAUUUGGUGCUGAAUCUGCAAUUGUCCGUUCACAUGUAAUUGUUCCCCCCUUAUCUCUCUGCAGCCUUCGGUUCUUGUUCACCUUUUUUCCUCAUUGUUUGGUCUAUCAGUUUUUUUCAGGCACCCAUGCUAUCACUUGUGCCUUGUUUGCUAUGUUGAGGCCAGGUGAUGAGCUUCUGGCAGUUGCUGGUGCUCCAUACGACACUUUGGAGGAAGUCAUUGGAAAGAGAGACUGUAAUGGGAUUGGAUCUCUGAAAGAUUUUGGAAUCAAAUAUAGAGAACAUGCACUUGCUGAGGAUGGUGGACUUGACUGGGAUGGACUGGCAAAUGCCGUGACUCCUCAAACAAAGUGUGCACUCAUACAAAGAUCAUGUGGUUAUUCAUGGCGUUGCAGUUUAAGUGUGAAUGAGAUAGGGAGAGCUAUAAAAAUGAUAAAGAUGCAGAACCCAAAUUGUCUGGUCAUGGUGGAUAACUGCUAUGGUGAAUUUGUGAACGCAAUUGAGCCUCCCAUGGUGGGUGCAGAUUUGGUUGCUGGAAGUUUGAUAAAAAAUCCAGGAGGGACAAUUGCACCAUGUGGUGGUUAUGUUGCCGGGAAAGAAAAAUGGGUGAAAGCAGCUGCAUCUCGUUUGUCUGCCCCAGGACUUGGUAUUGAUUGUGGCUCAACUCCUGGUGAUAUCAUGCGGACUUUCUUUCAGGGAUUGUACCUUUCACCUCAGAUGGUUGGGGAGGCCAUCAAGGGUUCACUUUUAAUUGCUGAGGUUAUGUCUUCGAAAGGGUUCAAGGUUCAUCCACAUCCCCGAGUUCCAAGGAAUGACACAGUACAGGCUGUAGAGCUUGGGAAUCGAGAACGUCUUAUUGCUUUUUGUGAGGCUGUGCAGAGAAGCUCCCCUGUUAGUUCGUAUACAAAACCAGUGCCUGGAGCAACUGCUGGAUAUGCAUCAGAGGUGAUCUUUGCUGAUGGGACCUUCAUUGAUGGUAGUACCAGUGAGCUGUCAUGUGAUGGACCACUGAGGGAGCCAUUUGCCGUAUUCUGCCAGGGUGGUACACACUGGACACAGUGGGGAAUGGUUUUGGGAGAGGUUCUUAAAUCUAUAUAGUUAGAGCAGACAGAGCUGCAGCAAUAUUUUGCAGAAGUAUCAUUCUUUUAGCAAAGUUUUAUCAAAUAUUUAAACAUACGGAGAUUCAUACAAGUGUGCAAGGAAGAACUACUCUUGCAGUGAGAAUGGGAAAAGGAGCCAAAGAAAUGUAGUAAUGUCUGAUCAACUGUUGAUAUCACUCAGUAAUUGAUCGGCAUCUCUAUAUCUUCAUCUGAGGAAAAACAAGCUUCUGUUGCCAUGAUUUUCAUUGGAUACUAGUCAGAACUAUUUGAGGCCCAGGUCAUUAUACUGAAACUCUGGUGUAGAGUAUAUUGAAAUUUCCUGUCCAAAAUUAUCUGAAUAAAAACAAGUUCCUGUACAAUUUUGUUAAAAUUUUACUAAAUUCCUAGUGGUACUUGGAUACUGGAGAGGAUCUAGGCCUCCUAAUGUUACCCUUGCUAUUUUGUUCCAAGUUCAUAUUCAAGCGAUCUCAAUCUUGCUUCCCUCCGAGGCUCCGACCAACAUAUAGAAAUUCCAGGAACUAUGUAUAAUGUAUUGGUGCUUAACUUGCUACCAUAAUUUGCUGUAAGUUAUUAACAGGAUCCUACUGAAUUAGACCAAAUCACAUUUCAGUAAACAUUUCCCCUUCUA